CCCCCACAAAAAAAAUGCCGUAACUUUUCUUUCUCGAACAACUCGCGAUGCUAUAGUCCACCUUUUGUUGUCCCAUCCGUUGCCAUUUCCUCCGACCGUCCGUCCGAUCACUGCCCCUAUCGAAAGUGAAAUCCGUCCUCCCUCAGCCUCAGCCUUAAUCACUUAUGCGCCUCCGACAUUCAUCAGGAAACGACCGAAUGGAGGAUUUCUAGGGUUCCUCUGCUCUGUGGGAGGGAUACGGAGCUGCGGCUGCAUCACCAGACCAUGUCUCGCCAGAUUACGUCCUCCCAUUUCCACAAAUCCAAGACCCUCGACAACAAAUAUAUGCUUGGGGAUGAAAUUGGGAAAGGAGCAUAUGGUCGAGUUUACAAGGGGUUGGACUUGGAGAAUGGAGAUUUUGUUGCUAUCAAGCAAGUUUCUCUGGAGAACAUUGCCCAGGAAGAUCUUAAUAUCAUAAUGCAAGAGAUUGAUCUACUGAAGAAUUUAAACCACAAAAACAUUGUGAAGUAUCUGGGAUCGCUGAAAACAAAGACUCAUCUCCAUAUUGUACUUGAAUAUGUCGAAAAUGGGUCACUGGCAAAUAUUAUCAAGCCAAACAAGUUUGGCCCUUUCCCGGAAUCAUUGGUGGCCGUUUACAUUGCCCAGGUCUUGGAAGGACUGGUCUAUUUGCACGAACAGGGUGUUAUUCAUCGAGAUAUUAAGGGUGCAAACAUUUUGACAACCAAGGAGGGCCUUGUGAAACUUGCUGAUUUUGGCGUUGCAACAAAGCUAAAUGAGGCUGACGUCAAUACACAUUCUGUUGUUGGAACACCCUACUGGAUGGCACCAGAGGUUAUUGAAAUGUCGGGGGUGUGCGCUGCUUCUGACAUUUGGAGUGUUGGCUGUACAGUGAUUGAACUUCUUACUUGUGUGCCUCCUUACUAUGAUUUGCAGCCUAUGCCAGCUCUUUUUCGUAUCGUCCAGGAUGAUCAUCCUCCAAUUCCUGAUAGUCUAUCCCCUGACAUCACUGAUUUUCUGCGUCAAUGCUUUAAGAAGGAUGCCAGGCAGAGGCCUGAUGCAAAGACACUGCUCUCGCAUCCUUGGAUACAGAAUUGCAGGCGUGCUCUUCAGUCUUCUCUUCGCCAUAGUGGAACUCUAAGGAAUAUACAGGAAGAUAUUCCAAUUGAUUCAGAGGGUGCUGAUCCUCAGCACCUUAGCAACAGUCCAGCUACACUGGAAGUAGAUGCAAUCGCCUCUGAACUUGGGACUCCAUCUGUGAAAGAUGAUGUUGGGGAAUCAGAAAGAGGCACAACUGAUCAAUAUCGAGCAUCUGAUGAAAAACGCGGUGACCUCAAGACAGAAGAUAUCGAAGAGGAUCUUCUGUCGGAUCAGGUUCUCACUUUGGCCAUCCUCGAAAAGUCAUCUCUGCGAAGUGGUUCUGGGAGAUUAACCACUGAAUCAGAAACUGUCUCUGAUCAACUGGAGCCUUCUGAGCUUCCACAUAAGGGUAAUUCUGAUGAAGCAGUGAUAAAUGGGGAGGUAGGAUAUUCUAAAUCAAGGAAUAAAGAUGUAGCAAAGGAUGUGGGAAGAGGAAGUUCAAAGCAUACGGGAAGUAGUUCGUUUGGUUUUGGAACAAGAAAUCAAGAUACUACUCUUAAAAUGGCUUCAAAGAUGUCACUGAAUAUGGGAGUAAAUGAGCUGAGUAGAUUUAGUGACAGCCCAGGAGAUGCUUCCUUGGACGAUUUAUUUCAGCCAGUAGAUAAAUCCAUGGAUGAUCGAGCUGGUGAAGCAUCAUCUUCUAUGUCAGCAUCACAUGUAAAUCAAGGCAAUGGAUAUGCUGCUGAUGCUGUGAAAAAUGAUCUUGCUACCAAACUUCGGGCAACAAUAGCUCAAAAACAAAUGGAGAAUGAACCAGUACAGUCAAAUGGCGGCCGCAAUCUGCUCCGCUUGAUGAUGGAUGCAUUGAAGGAUGAUGUGAUUGAUAUUGAUGGUUUGGUUUUUGAUGAAAAAUUGCCAGGGGAGCAUCUCUUCCCUUUGCAGGCUGUUGAGUUUGGAAGAUUAGUUGCAUCUUUGAGGCCAGAGGAACCGGAAGAUGUGAUUGUGUCUGCAUGUCAGAAGCUUAUAGCUAUAUUCCACCAGCGUCCAGAUCAGAAACUUGUCUUUGUUAGCCAACAUGGUUUGCUUCCCUUGAUGGAAUUACUGGAACUUCCCAACAACCGUGUCAUUGCCUCAGUGCUUCAGAUCAUCAAUAAGAUCAUUAAAGAUAACACCGUUUUCCAAGAAAAUGCUUGUCUCAUUGGUUUGAUCCCUGUUGUGAUGAGCUUUGCAGUCCCUAAUCAGCCCCGAGAAAUUCGUAUGGAGGCAGCUUGCUUCAUUCAGCAGCUUUGUCAGUCCAGCUCUCUAACACUCCAAAUGUUCAUAGCUUGCCGUGGAAUUCCUGUUCUUGCGGGAUUUCUGGAGGCUGAUUAUGCAAAAUACAGGGAAAUGGUUCAUCUAGCCAUUGAUGGCAUGUGGCAGGUCUUUAAGCUUCAGCGAUCAACUCCCAGGAAUGAAUUUUGCCGCAUUGCCGCCAAGAACGGAAUUCUACUUAGACUCAUAAAUACACUUUACAGCUUAAACGAGGCAACUAGGCUGGCUUCUAUGUCUGGAGGUGCUGGCUUUCCAGUAGAUGGUAUGUCUCGAAAGCCUCGCUCCGGUCAGUUGGACCCAAAUCAUCCUGCUUUCAAUCAAAUUGAAACUCCACUUUCCACAACCGAGUCAGAUUUAUUCAAGCAUAGGCAUGGGGAUCAUCUUGCUCUUUCAGUUGCAACUCAAGAACCUUCUCGUGCGUCAUUCUCACAUACUCAAGGAUUGGAUCUUCCGCAUCCGCUCACUGCAGAGACAGACAAGCCUCAGUCAAGUAAUUCGGCAGCAGAAAUUGACCUUAAACCACAGCGAAUUUCUAUCUCUGCCAAUAGGACGUCCACAGAUAAGCCUUUGAAAGUGACAGAUGGUGCAUCAAAUGGGUUCUCUACUUCAAGUUCUGCUCAGCAAGAGCAAGUGCGUCCAUUGCUUAGCUUGUUGGAGAAGGAGCCGCCUUCCCGUCAUUUUUCAGGGCAACUCGAAUAUGUCCGGCACUUGUCAGGAUUAGAAAGGCAUGAAAGUAUUUUACCUCUACUCCAUGCAGCUAAUGAUAAGAAGACGAAUGGAGAACUGGACCUUCUCAUGGCUGAAUUUGCAGAAGUCAGCAACCAUGGAAGGGAAAAUGGAAAUCUCGACUCUAUGCCUAGGACUUCGCAGAGGACAACGGUGCAUAAAAAGGCAGGACAGCAGGCAUCAGAUGGAGUUGCUUCCACAUCAGGAAUAGCCUCCCAGACAACAUCAGGUGUGCUUUCUGGUUCAGGUGUCUUGAAUGCUAGACCUGGGAGUGCUGCUUCAUCAGGGUUACUGUUGCACAUGGUCUCGACACUGAACGCAGAUGUUGCCCGAGAAUACUUGGAAAAAGUUGCAGAUCUUCUUCUUGAGUUUGCACAAGCAGAUACCACCGUUAAGUCGCAUAUGUGUAGUCAGGGUUUACUGAUACGUCUUUUCCAGAUGUUCAACAGAAUAGAGCGUCCUAUACUCUUGAAGAUUCUCAUGUGCAUCAAUCACUUGUCUACGGAUCCGAAUUGCUUGGAAAGUCUCCAACGUGCAGAGGCAAUUAAGUAUUUGAUCCCGAAUCUUGAACUAAAGGACGGGCCUUUGAUUUCUCAGAUACAUCAUGAAGUUCUGAUUGCACUAUUCAACCUGUGCAAAAUAAACAAAAGGAGGCAAGAGCAGGCAGCUGAGAAUGGGAUCAUUCCACACUUGAUGCAUUUCAUUUUAACCGAUUCGCCACUCAAGCAAUGGGCAUUGCCGUUAUUGUGUGAUAUGGCACAUGCAUCAAGGAACUCAAGGGAGCAACUGAGGGCCCAUGGAGGCCUCGACGUGUACUUGAGACUGCUUGAUGAUGAGUUUUGGUCCGUGACAGCAUUGGACUCCAUUGCUGUUUGCCUUGCUCAUGACAAUGACAACCGGAAAGUGGAACAGGCACUGAUGAAGAAGGAUGCUGUUCAAAAGUUAGUCAACUUCUUCCAUUGUUGUCCCGAACAGCAUUUCGUCCACAUCUUGGAGCCGUUCUUGAAAAUAAUUACGAAAUCUUCUCGAAUCAACACGACACUAGCUGUUAAUGGUCUGACACCAUUGCUCAUUGCAAGAUUGGAUCAUCAGGAUGCUAUCGCUCGUCUAAAUCUGCUUAAACUGAUCAAGGCUGUGUACGAGCACCACCCAAGACCGAAGCAACUAAUAGUGGAGAACAACUUGCCCCAGCAGCUCCAAAACUUGAUCGAGGAACGCAGGGAUGGGCAAAGCUCUGGAGGCCAGGUCUUGGUAAAGCAAAUGGCAACAUCACUACUUAAAGCUCUUCACAUUAACACCGUGCUAUAGUAACCCUUGCCCCGAAAAGCUGGAAAGCCCCCACCCCCACCCCGUAUUCCAACACUUUUCCCAUCCCUCUUUAAGUUAUUUCAUGUUUCGAACAAAGGGAGGGAUUUUGUUUCUCUUACUUGUGUGUGUGUCUGUUAGUCUGGACUGGGGUGCAUGCAAAGCCUCUUUCGCUCAUUGUGAUUCGUCCAGUUUUAGCAAUGGGCGUGUAAAUUCCUGAGUUAAAGCUUUUCUUUUGCUUUCUGGGGGGGUGUCUGAAGAUGAUGCGAUUUGCUUGUGGCGGCUACUGUAAUUGUAAUAUAUAACCAUGGAUACGCCAAGCCGGCAUUCUGUUUGGGCGAGAGGGGAUGAUGGGAUUGUGUGUCUUAUUUAUAAGUAUAUAUAUUGAAGAUAUAUAACGAUGGCCUGACCUGGCCCCCUGUCUUCUUGUAUGCAAAAAUUGGCGCCGCGGGGAUUGGACUUGUUUGUUGGCUUGGGGUUUGCAGUUUAGAUUCCCUCUGCAGCUUGCUGUACAAAUGUGUAUGUAUAAUUUAAAAUUUGAUGAAAACAUGAACAACCGCGGGUGAAAUGUUUCUAA